AUGAAUGGAGCUUUCGCUGCUUCGUUCGAUGAUGUGGUUCCUUGUCAGGUUUUGAGUUCUGAGCAGUUUACACCACCACCAUGGGAUCGCUGGUCGCUGGUUCCAAGAGAUCCAGACUUGCUGCUCUCCCUCGGACCUUGGUGCCUGGAGAUCUUUUCAGGCAAAGCAGGCGUCACCAGAGCUCUGAAACAAAAAGGGCUGCGAGUUCUGCCGCCGAUCGACAUCACCGUGGAGGGCGAGGUCCGCGAGCCAGUGGACAUCCUGGAUGCAGAUCUCUUUGACUUUGUCCUCCUCUUGGUGCAGAUCGGUGCCGUGGAUUUCCUGCAUUUGGGGACCCCGUGCGGCACUUUCAGUAUUGCUCGGACGCGACCAGGCGGUCCUCCGCCUCUCCGCUCGGAGGUCUGCUCCUUGCGCUUCCCAGAGCUCGAGGGGCAGCUUUGGUGGCAACUCUGGUCGGGGAAUGAGUUCCUGGCCAGACCUCUCCUUCUUAUGGAGGCCGUGGUCAAAGCCGGCGGGGACACCUCGCUCGAGAACCCGCUCUCCAGUCUCAUGUGGAAGGUCCCAUGGGUCCAACAGUUGGCACGGGACCUCCACCUCUUCGAGGUCGACAUGGAUCAAUGCGAAUAUGGAGCUCCUUCCAUGAAGCCCACGCGGUUCCUGGUCAGCCACUCGUUGUUCAAACGCUGGAGACGCCAAUGCCGCGAAGAUCACCCACAUGUUCCCCUACAAGGCUUUGUUCGUGAUGCUCGAGGCCGCAAGGUGUUCGCCACAAAGCUUGCUCAAGUGUAUCCAGAUCGCCUGUGUGAUGCGAUCGAGUGCGAACCUGGACAGGCCAUCUUGUGGGCAUGGCAGGUCGUGCACCCAUUCACCGUGCCGCCUGAGCUCAGCCCACGGAUCAGGCGCAACAUCCAGCGAAUCUUGCAAGCUCCGCACGAGCUCGUUCGAGCUCGUGAGCGCCUGCUUGCUUUCUGGCGGCAACGUGCUCGGCAAUUGCUGCCGGAAUCCAAUCGGGAGCUGCUCGCCGAACCUGAUCCUCACUUGUGGCCGCUUUUGCGCGGAGUUCCUGAUGAUGCUCCUCCUCAGUUAGGUCGCGCUUGUCAUAUCAAGCUCUAUGAGGAGAUGUUGCAGGCAGCUCAUUGCAAAGAUGAAGCACUUCGCAGGGCCUGGGAAUUCAAGAAGAAGAUCUUCCAGCGAUGUGCUGCAGUUCCAGUCAAUGACAACCUUAGGGCCAUAUGGAAGUCGACUAUCGAGGACGUGGAGGAAGGCUAUCCAGUCAGUCCUCUCACGGAUGAGGCGGAGGUCUCGGCCUUUAUUGGCUCUGAUGAGUGGAUCCCGACUCAGAGGUUCGAGGUCGUCCAGAAGAACAAGGUCAGAGGAUGUGACAGCGCGACUUCAAAUUUGGUCAACAGGACGGCAGUGAUCACUGAGAAGUUGCAAUUGCCGUCGACAGAUCUUAACGUGGCUGUCCUCAGAGAGAUCUUCACCCGAUCGGGUCGCCAGAGGCUGGAAAGGUGGGUGCUCGAUGAGAGGAAGGCCUAUCGGCGAAACCACAAGCCCAAUUACUUUGUGAUGAUUGGUCACUCUUUCGGUCUUGUCUCCGCGGUCUAUAAUUACAACCGUCGGUCGGCAGCCAUCAAUGACAUUUUCGAGGAGAUCUUCUCGAUGAUCUCCUUCAACUUCUGUGACGACAAGUACGGGUUCGAGACUUGCGCCAUGGCUCCGGGCAAGGAGAGGAAGGAGGAGCUCGUGGAGACCAUCGACUCCAUCCUCCAGGGAGGCUCGGCGGGCAAGCUCAAGGGCAAGUUGAUGUUCGGAGCAAGCCAGCUCUGGGGGAAAGUAGGGAGAGCCUUCUUCCGCCCCCUCUCAGAGCGGCAGUACCUGAAAGACAUGGCGGAAGCUCGCACGCGCCUCAAUGAGCCCUUGAUCAAGGCGCUGGUGCAAUGGAGGAAGCUCAUCAUGCGCGGUGCCAGAAGAAGUAUCUUCGCGGACGGCUUCACCCCAGACCCUUGCAAGAACGAACGAGGUCUUGACCGGGUGGGGGCAGUCAUGUUCGAUCGUCGUGAGGAUCGACCCUGGCAGUUCUCCGAGGUGAUCCCCGAAAAAGUGGUCAGUAAGUUGCUCCCGCGCAAGACCCAGAUCGUCCCCAUCGAGAUGAUCGCCGCGGUCUCGGCGAUCGAGACCUUCAAGGAUCAUCUGAGAUCGACUCGGAAGCGGUCGAAGCCUCGCUCGUGA